UUGUGGAAUCCGAUGGGGAUGUGUUCGAUCGCUAGCGUGUUGACCAUCGCGCUCAUUAGUGUGGUCACGAUGGUUGUGGCUGCGGUCAUCCUGGCAUUGGCAAGGAGGAGCGUACCGCUGCCCGACGCGGCUGGAUCGGGCGAGAUGUGCACGGGCAGGGAUGCGCUGGCCUGCGAGCCGUUCUACUGCGAUGUCCGUGUUGGACAGUGCUUCACCGAGUGCCGCAGCGAUGGGGAGUGUCGAUCGGGCGCGCUUUGCAAGAGCGGCGCGUGUGAGACGCAGCCCCCGCCCGAGCUCUAUCUCUCGAGCAACUACGUGGCGCUAGUCUCGCUCCUCGUGCCUGUGGCGUUCUGCCUUUGCUGUGGGCUGUGCUUUGUUGGAGUGUGGCCGUCGGCUGGAUCGUCGUUUCUGGCGGUACUGGGUUGCGUGGCGGUGCUGACGGUGACCGGCUUUGUGGCCAUUCCGAUCACGCUCACGCAGGUGAAGCGAGACAUUCCACAGGCGCCGAUGCCGCCGACCAACGCCAGCGUGUGUGCCGGGAACGGCGUGUGCGCGCCGUUCCGGUGCGACGUCGGCCGGUCUGGGAAGUGCCUUGCGGCGUGCUCGUCCAACUGGCACUGUGUCCCUGGCGCGGUGUGCUCGCAAAGCGGAGUGUGCGUACCAGACGUGCCGUUGCGGGCGACACCGCUAUCGAUCGGCGGCGGCAUCGGAGUGGCACUGGCGGCUGCGGUGGUUGUCUCGGCCGGAUGCGCGUGCCUGGCACGAGCGGCACCCGAAAUGGACGACCCGGAGGUGUACAGUGCCGAGUGCUGCUGUUGGGCUUUUGUGGCGGUGGCGGUCGGACUGGGCCUCGGACUCUGCCUCUUCUACACCCCAUUUGUACCGUCUACGCCUGGGAGUGGGCCGCGGUGUGCGAUGCCAAAGGCGCGAGUUUGCACGCCGUACUAUUGCGACGUGCGGCAGCAGAGUUGCUUUACGACCUGCGAGCACAACGACCAAUGUGUCGACGGGGCCGAUUGCAUCAAGGGGAGAUGUCGGGCACCGGCGUCCACCAGCCAGCCGCAAGUGCAGGCUGUGGCGUGGUGGAUGGUAGCGGCGGUGGCGUGCAGCGGCGGAGUUCUCGCCGCGGCAUGUACCUGCUGCGCGUACGGACUCUUUGCGGCCGAGGUUUACACCGACAACGUGGGUCGGUUCCGUCGCUCGCACCGGUGGUGGCAGUUUGACGUCAACGGACCGAUGGUGGGCAUGCUGGUGACGGCGGCCUUUGUGGUUGCAACAGGACUGCUGCUGUUUAUUGCGGUACCGAGACGCAACCUGUCCGGUCUGGCACAUACUGCUGUGAUGAGCAAUGUCAGCUGUGCCGUGCCGCACGACGGGAGAUGUGCCGGGUACCUGUGCAACGCUGCGGCAGGGCGGUGCUAUGCAUCAUGCGAGCGCGAUGUCGAGUGCGGCGCCGGGUACGGGUGCACAACGGAUGGGCAAUGCGCGCCUGGGAUCCGGCGGGAGGUGCUCGAGCCGGGAUAUGUUGCGGUGGUACUUGUUGCGGCGAGCAUAGGAGUGGCGGGCGUGUGCGGGGCUGGCUUUGCCUGGCUCAUAGGCAUGGUGCCGCACUCGCGGCGCGGAGUGGGCAUCUCGGACGACGACUACGAUGAGGGCUGCUGCGACCGGAUGCCGGUGUUUGUGGCGACAGUGAUGAUGCUUGUUGUGGCAGUGGUUCUGCCGACGGGGCUAUACCUCGGGUACGGGGGCGAGACGAGGGUGCCACAGGUCGACGGAAGCCACGGGGACGGCGGCAUGUGCAGUGUGAUCGACGACGUGCGCUGCGGCGGCUUUGUGUGUGACACUGGACUCGGUGCAUGCUACACAAGGUGCAAGAGCUCGUGGCAGUGCCAGAGCAACGCACGAUGCGGACGCAAUGGGGUCUGCCACGAGGCCAAGGCAGCGAUGGCCUGGUCUGUGAUGGGCGGCUUGAGCAUGGCGGUGAUGGCGGGUGUGGUGGUGUGGCUAUUUGUUGUGCCGCUGCUGAAGGCGUGGCAGGCCCGGCGAAGGCGUGCCAGGACUGCACGGAAGCACGCGCGAGAGCAGGCGCUGCUGCAGGCACACCGCGACCAUCUGGCGGCGGUGGAAGAGGCCGAGUUGGAUCUGUCGAUUCCGCGGGAGGACGUGUGGGAUCCGACGGCACCGACGCCGCUGGGCGGUGGCAGCGGCGGGCGCGGAGCCUUUGCUUUCCCCGAAAGCGACGACGUGGUUGCACUGGACGAGGUCGGCGAGGGCGAGGUGGCGGCGCACACCGAUCCGGUGUGCUCGGUGUGCAUGUUUGAGGCGUCGACGGUCCGGCUUGUGGGCCGCGAGUGCCGACAUGGGUUCUGUGCGACAUGUGCAGCGUACUCGUUACAGGCGAUCCUGGACUCAAACCAGUUCCCUGCCCGGUGUCCCGGGUGCCGGGCAGACGGCGUGGAGGAGCGGUCGUACGUUGCGUCUGGGGCGAUCGAGUUUCUCGUGCGGCGAAUGGUGGUGCCUGUUGAGCUCGGGCGGAGGUUUAUCCGGCAGCAGAUUCUGCAGGCGUUCUCGCCAGGCGAGGUGGUGACGUGCCCGGCGUGUUCGAUGGUGUCGAUGCUGCCGGGUGACCGGGCGAGUGCGGAGACGCAGAAGCGGCGAAAGGUGCACAAGAGCGGGCGGGCACUCGCGGUUGAGUGCACCGGAUGCGAGACGGCGUUCUGCGUCUCGUGCGAAAUGCUCUGGUUUGAUCACGACGGGCUGGACUGCGCAGGCGCGGCGGCGCGGCACGAGGCUGGAGCCGACUUUGCGUCUGUGAUGGCGACGGAGGAGUACAUCCGCGAGAAUACCAAGGCGUGUCCACAGUGCGGAACGCGAAUCAAUCACUCGCGCGGACACGCAUGUCACCACAUCAUGCCUGGCGGUGGAUGCCCGGGCCUGCGCGACGACGGGACACGAUGCGGAUUCCACUUUUGCUACACCUCGCUGCUCCCGUACGGCGAGUGCCACCACGAGUCACACGGCCACCAGCUGUUCUGCGAUGAUCGGUGCGACUGCCCGAUCUGCCCAGUGUGCGAGCCCGGGCGACCGUGCCACCAGUGCUCCGGCCAGGGUAACUGCUGGGCGUGCUUCCCGGAGAACCAUCCCGAUGCACGGGCGGCGCGGGAGGCAGCGGAAGCAGCUGCACGGGCAGCCGAGGCCGAGGCCCAGGCAGCAGCAGCAGCAGCUGCGGCCGCGGCGGCUGCCGCAGCCGCGCCAUCACCACAGACACCACAGACGCCGCAGUUUGUGGUUGUUCCGCGGGCAUCACUUUUGCAAGAGAUUCGCGAGCGGGCGGCGAUGGUUGCACCGUCGGCGAUGUAUGACGGGGUGGUGGUACCGGAGCCCGGUGAUCGAGGCGUGAUGCUCGACGGAUCUUGCAGCGACAGCGGCGACGACGUAGUGGUGGCCGGGCCGUCGGGCGGCAGCCGGCCGGAGGGCCAGCUGGCUGGCCGGCGUGGGCUGCGGACAAGAUUCCAGCUGCAGAUGGGCGGGCCGAGCACGCGCGGGCCCGCGAGCGCCAGCGGUGAGCAGCGCGUACUCGAGCUGUACUCACCCAUGGCGAGCGGAGACAACAGCGCGCGAGCAAUGUCCGCAGUGGCGAUGACCGGUUUCCGCGUGGAGGCACGGACGCCAGCGUCUGCUCAUGGCGAGCGGCUGGCAGAGUUUGUGGCGGCCACGGGCGAGGGCCGCGAGACUGCGCAGUACUACCUCGCGCUCUUCAACUGGAACGUGGCGGAUGCGAUUGCCUUUCAUGCGGACGAGCAAUCAGCGCAGUCUGCUGCUGCACAGUCUGCCGGGGCGAGUGCCAUCCUUCUUGUCAUAUGGGCCCUCUCCACCGUCCUUGCCUUUGUCUCGGUCCAGCAGCCCAUGCCAGGGCCACGGACCUCGUCGCACCCGCUGCCGUCGUCGACUGCCGGCGGGUCGAGGGCGUCAUCGCCGCCGUCACCGUCGUCGUCAUCGUCGGCGUCACCGUCGGCGUCGCCAUUGCCAACCUCGAGUCGACCAGAUGACGGGCGAGUGCUGCGUGAUGUGCACGUGGGCGGCAAAACGCUCAAGGCGCCGGCGGCAGUGGUGCUCGGCUACAAUCGGCCGGCGUUUCUGGAGCGGACGUUGCGAUCGCUGGUGAAAGUUGAGGGAGCGGAGCAGAUGGACUUGUUCGUCUCGCUCGACGGGAAGGACCCGGCGACGACGGCUGUGGCGAAGGGGAACGAGUUUGCGGCGGCAGGCAUCGAGGUGGUUCACCAUCCGCGGCUGGCGCUAGCGGCGGCUGGGACUGUCCAUCUCGCAGCGCACUACAAGUGGAUUCUGGACAAGCUCUUCUUCGAGCGCGGGUAUGCGCACGUCAUCCUGCUGGAGGACGACAUGGAGUUUGCGCCGGAUCUCUUUGCCUACUUUGCGGCGACGGCCGAGCUACUUGCCCGCGACGAGACCAUCUGGUGCAUCUCAUCGUGGAACGACAACGGUCCUCUUCCGGUCCUCACACUUUCCGGCCUCGGCUGGAUGCUCUCGGCCGAUCUGUGGCGCGAGCUCUCGCCCAAGUGGCCGGCCAAUCAUUGGGACCACUGGAUGCGACUGUACUCGACCUCGCGCGGCCGCGAGUGCGUCUGCCCGCUUGUCGCGCGCAACUUCAACUUUGGCGACGUCGGCGCCAACAUGGACCGUGCCUCGUACAACAAGUACCUCAAGAACAUCGCCUUCCACGACGGCUCGCCCGUCGACCUCGGCCCUCUCGACUACCUCCUCCUCCCCAACUACGCCGCGCUCAUCAACGCCUGGGUCGCCGCCGCCGCAGAUCCGACCUCCGCCGCGCUGGCCACCGGCAAUCUCGUCGUGCCGGCUUGGCUCCCGCCGCCGCUGGAUCCCCGUAAGGUGGCAGACGCAAGGCGUGGGCGAGUGUACGGCCUCGUCGGCCCGGGCAGCAACCCGUACUCGGGCUCGACGUUUUCGCGGACAGUGCUUGACAAGCUCAAGUCGGAUGCUGUAGCCGUGACCGGGGUGGAGGGCGGCAGUGGGCUAGCGCUGACAUCGUUUGAUCCGCGGGCGGCAGCCAGCGACAAGCUCCCGCUCGUGCACGUCAUUGUUUCGACCCGCGAGGCCUUCCCGUCCCUCUCGGCUGUGUUUGGUAUCUGGCACGAGGCGCGGGCGCAGCAUCGGCGGGCGUGGCUCCUCUUUGCGCACGGCUACCUGUUCAUCAUUGUGGAUGCGCGGCGAUCGCCGUACGUGCCCGAGGCACACGCGCUCCAUCCGCCUCCGGGCAUGGUGGUUGUCGCCGGCGGCCGCGGCGAGUCGUGCACCACAGUGUGCGCGACAGCGGCGGCGGCGAUGGAGGCCAACGCCACCCGCUGCGAUGGCCUCGCCUUUGACUUUAUCAACCAGAUCCCCGCGCUCGACGCAGCCUUCCCGUGCGCCGACUUUGGCAUGGAGAUCGGUGACGAGAUCCCGUGCAUGGUGUCGGACCGUGCCCACGAGAGCUACGGCCGGUGUCUCAUCACGCCCAAGCUCCCGCUCUGUACAGCCUUUCAUCCAUCGACCUCACGGCUCUGUCCGUGCAUCUAGUUCACUCGACCAGAUGGGCGACGACGCCGUCCGGCCGGACUCGUGCGGAGCGGCCGCGCCACGCCAGCACCUUGUCGCCCAGCUCACCCGCGCGAUGAGUUGGUUGCUGCGGGAAGCGGCGGCCGGGCGCAAGUUCAUCCGGAUGCCACGGCGGGAGCUUGCUGUGGUCGCCGCUCGCCGACGGAUAGGUAAAGCCGAGGUCGAGGUGCGGAAA